UGUGCCCUGGGUGAGCGGCAGAGGUAUAUAAAGGUGGCGGCGGAGAUCUCCGGCAGCCAGUGGAGUGCCGACUAGACCUGUCCUGUGACAGUGUGAGUCGCCCAGAUGCGCUCCGUGUUACUCUUCACCGCCCUCGUGGCGUCCGCCGUAGCAGGACCCACAGGCUACAGAGAGUCCUGCGCUGUUCACUGCAGUCAGGACAACAUCUUCUCUUACCAACCAGGAUUAAGUUAUGGCUACGAAUACUCUGUCACGACCAACACCGCCCUCCUCGGGGACACUGACAAGGCCGCCACCGUCACCAUCACCGCCCAGGCACACAUUGACGUGACUGCACCCUGCGAUCACACCCUCAGACUGACCGAUGUCAGCCUGCAAGGGUCGACUCGUGCCGAGGAGAUGGCGGCGGCGCUCACUCGCUCCAACCUGCGUUUUUCGUUCCAAGACGGGCGCGUGGAGGAGCUGUGCGCUGUGCCCACCGAAGAGACCUGGGUACUCAACCUGAAGCGAGGUGUGCUGUCAGCCUUCCAGACUUCUCUCACGCGGCCCGGUUCAGAGGAGGUGCAGGAGACAGACGUACAGGGUGUGUGUCUGACGCACUACGAAAACAAGCUAGAGGGCGACCUGCUCACCAUCACCAAGCAGAAGGACCUCUCCUCGUGCACCAAGCGACCUGACUUCACCUCCUACCUCGCCUCUGCCUCCUCCUCUUACAACACAGACUCGCCCGUGCAAAGCUGGCCCCUGCUGGACAGCACCAGUGGCUGCAGCCAGACUGUGGAGGGCGGCAUCCUGACUGAGUCCUCAUGUGAGGAGACCCAUACUUUUCGUCCCUUCUCCAGGCAGACUGGCGGUGCCUCCACCAAGGCCACCUCUCACCUCAGGUUGGUGAGCCGCGACGGGCCCGUGCCGACCUCCACAGAGCAGCAGUUCACCAGGAGGACCCCAGUCUUCGAGACCAUCACCGAGGCCUCAGCCAACAGCCAGGCAGAGACUGUCACCGCCCUUCUCCAGCACCUCGAUGAAGUCUCCCACCAGGAAGUCCGGCCCGAAGCCCCAGCUCUCUUCUCCAGGCUGGUCAUCGCCCUGCGCGGCCUUGAGUACCCGGUGCUGUCCAAGGUAUAUGCUGACACCACGGACACGCACUCCCGCAAGUUCUUGGUGGACGCCAUGCCGCUGGUGGGCACCGCCGCCGCCGCCGCCGUCGUCAGGGACAUGUACACCAACGGCGACCUGAGCCAGGAAGACGCUGACGCCUGGUUCACCUCCCUCGCCUUCCUGAAGAACCCGACCUCAGACAUGUUCACUGCCAUUGCACCCAUGCUGGAGAGCGAGCCGAGCCAGAGCGCCAUGCUGGGCACCUCAGCGCUCGUCAACACCUUCUGCAAGAUCAACAGUCGUUGCGGCGAAGACUCCGGCGUGCAGCAGGUGAUGCGCCGUGUAGAGGCCCAGCUUGGCUCAGGCUGCCGUGCCCUAAAUGAAGAACAGAAGGUCAAGAUCCUAGUGGCUCUGAGGGCCCUUGGCAAUGCCGGCCGCUGGGUGAAUGCUAAGCAGGUGCUGGAGCGAUGCUACACCGAGAACAAUGACAUGGAGGUGCGUGUGGCGGCCAUCGAGGCCUGGAGGCACACGCCCUGCGAGUACGACCGCACCAAUUUGCUGGCCGCCUACCAGGACGAGGCACAGGACUCCGAGGUGCGUAUCGCAGCCUAUCUGUCUAUUAUGACCUGCCCAACUCCCGCCGUGGUGGCCGCUGUCAAGGACCGUCUCACCUCCGAGGGCGUCAACCAGGUGGGCUCCUUCGUAUGGACGCACCUUACCAAUCUGCAGGAGUCUGCGGCGCCUGGCAAGGAGUGGGCACGCGUCCUGCUGGGGGAGGAGCUGCUCGCCAACAAGUUCAGCACCGAGGCACUCAGGUUCUCACGCAACUACGAGUCUUCCUUUUUCAUGAACGAACUGAAUGUGGGCGCCUCUGUGGAGAGCAAUGUGGUCUUCUCUAGCAAGUCGUUCCUGCCACGCUCCGGAAUGCUUAACCUCACCGUGGACUUGUUCGGUGAAUCUGUCAACCUGUUCGAGGUGGGCGGCCGCAUCGAGGGCUUUGAAUCCUACCUGGAUCGUCUCUUCGGCCCCGACGGCUACUUCCCCGAGGACACCGUCGCCACAGCCCUCAGGGGUCUGCGCCAACAGAAGCGUGAAACAGAAGCCACCACACUCGAAGACUUCCUGGAGGAAGCCACUGACGAACCCCGAGGCUCUUACUACCUCCGCCUCUUCGGCAACGAUGUGCACUACCGCCACUUCCGCGGCCUGAGCGGCAGCAACGAGCCCACAACCAGCCCCCUCGCCCUUCUGAUGGAACUGGCACGAGGCGGCAAGGUGGAUUACACCAAAUCCUACCAGCUGCUUGACGCUCACUACUCCGUGCCCACUGUGACAGGCCUGCCGCUCACCCUGGGCGCCCAGAGCACGGCCACGGUGGCUCUCAGGAUGGACGGCUCCUUCAGCGUUCAAAGCCUCACCGAUGUUAACAUCCAAGGACACCUCCGUCCCUCAGCGGCCAUCCAUGUGGACGGUGUGAUGGUGGUGGACGCCCACGUGACAAGCGCAGGUGUAAAGGUGUCCUCCACUAUGCACACUUCCACCGCUCUGGAGGGCAAGGUGCGCGUCAGCGGCGGAUCGUUGGUGGACGUGGCCUUUGACACUCCCAAGCAGCGCACUGAGUUCAUCGACAUGGAGACCAAGUACUUCUACGUGCGUGACGACAAGGAUGAGGAGAUAGAGAAGGAAGAGCCCCUCAUCACCAUAUGCAGCGUGGACAUAUUGGGCAUGAACCUGUGCAAAGAGAUCGCCAUGCCCUCCUCGUCUUGCUUCAGCCUGCCCACCACCCUCAGGGCCUACCUCGAAAAGACUGACACUCAGACCGGCUACACCUUCCGCUAUACCAAGACUACUAACGAGAUCUCCUUACUGUUUGACGCCCCAGGAGCGCAGAACUCCCGCCGCAUGGCGCUCUCCCUCGAGGCGCACAGCAACAAGCUGCUCGCCAAGGUGGAUUCCUUCUUCAUCAAGGCGGAGAUGAACGGCGAGUACAUGUGGCAGCACGACAGGAAGUCCGUCAAGACAGAGAUCCAAGUGGGCAAAGAUAUAUAUCUGAUGAAGGGUGGCCUGCUCACCGCCUACGGGGAUGUCAUGCAAGUGGAGCCUUCACUGGAACUGUCCGUGAACGGCAGAGAUUUAUUUAACACCAAGGUGCUGAUCAUCGCUGACAAGCCUCAGAGCAAGUAUUCGCUCGAGGCCACCACCUACCACUCCGCAAUGAGGGAACCUCUCUCCAUUAAAGGUACCUUCCAGAAGCACCAGGAGGGCGACACCACAACCUACUCCGCUAGGAUGGAACAGGUCGACCAUCCAGUCUUCCUGGAAUAUGACGGCACUUUUUCCCCACGUGACCUGAACACCAAGAUCACCAUGAGGUACGGCCCCAUCGACCUGCUGGCGGAGGAGACCUGGUCACACACCUACGAGAAUGGUGUCAGGAAAAUCAAGGGCACAACAACUUCCGGUAGCGAGUUUUAUGGCGUCAAUACGAAGACCGAGAACGAAUUGAUCUUGGCGCCAAACUCUAUUAUGUUGACGUCUAAGCUUGACCGAGUCUCUGAAUUUGGUUCAGGAGUCCAGACACUCCUCGUUGACCUCCAGCGUACUCCAGGGAACUCCCUCACCGCAGUCAUCGAUUUGGAUUCUAUCCACUCAAAGUUCAACGGCAAUGCUGACCUGAGGAAAGCCAGCCCUGGUCAUUACACUGGCCUGGUACAAGCCAAGCUCAGCACACCAGUAACCGGAGAAAUGACCCUUAUUGACGCCACCGCCUCCAUGAAAGACAUCUCUCAGCCUGGUACCUUUAAUAUCAACGCCGAGGUUUCUGUCACCAUCCCUGUGACCACCGUGACUCUGACCUCCGAGGUGUACGGUGACAGCCAGCAAGGGAAGAUCAACUUGCAGACGCAGAUUGGAAACAAGAAAUUCGGUCUGAUGAUGGAAGCCACCCCAUCGUCCCUCCUGAUUGACGCUGACGUUGUGAAACAUGUUGUUGUGAACGCUAAGAUCAACCCUCAGGGACAAGAGAAGACCCUGCUCGUUAACGUGGAAUGGGACAAGACCCUGAACCCCGACAACACCUUCAAGAUCGAGGGAAGGAUCCAACCUGAAGCCAUCUCAGCUGAGUUCAGAUUCCUGGACAAGCAAUUCUCUGCCAGUGGCAGGUUGAUGAGAGGGGGCGUGGAGGGGGAGGCCACCUGGUCCCCCAGCCAGCGCGUGGCGGCCACACUGCGCUACUCAUUGGACUCCGCCCCAUCCCUCACGGCUGCCGUGGACACCACCUUCCCGGGUUGGGAGAAGCAGAGCGUAGACAUUACUACCGCAAUCCAGGGCAAUGAGAUCACCUGCAGCGCCUCCGCCACGUGGAAGAACAGUCAGCAGGCGACACUCUCUGUGAAGGGCCGUCUACAGCCCGGCGGUUCCGUGCACGCGGAGGUCAUGUUCACUAGCACUGUAGCUGACCUGGAGCGUCUCUCCCUUGCCUUUGACCACGAAAUGGCCGGUGCCGCCAUAACCUCUAGCCUGCAGGGUGCCUGGAACCACCAUGAACUGAACGGCUCCCUGCAGUUGGCGCCUAGCGACUCUGGAGUGGAUGGCCUGGCCACCUUCACCUCUCCCUUCAUGCAGCCCUUCAAAGCUGUCCUGGCCCACACACUGCAGGACGCGUCCCAGGACACCACGUUGUUGGUCUCCUACGGCAGCACGGAGCUGUUGCACCUGACCAGCGCAGGGCGUCUCAGCCUGGCUCCGGGCCAGCAUGACGUAGACCUUGCCCUCAAGCUAAGGACGCAGCUGGAGGUAGUGCCGGAUAUGGAGGCCACCGUCAAGUACACGAUGGACGGCUCAACUCUCAACCUGCAGGUGGACGGCAAGGCAGGCCAACGCAAGAUGAUGCUCAGCGUGACUGGCCAGCACACCGUGACGGGCGACACCACCAGCGUGUCCGGGGAGCUGAGGUUCCUGACACCUUUUACACAGCCGCUCACCGCCUCUCUCUCCCACAGCCACGACAGCCGCCGCUUCACCUCCCAAUUUGAGGUGACCCGUAUCUGGUCCACUUACAGUUUCGGCUCCCUCAAAAUGCACGCUGAGGGACACAUGUUGUCCCAGAAUGACAUCAAUCUUUCUGCCUACAUCAGCAGUCCCGAAACCAAGGGAUCCUUCUCCUUCACGCACAAGAUCGAGAACAACAACUUAACCACCUCGGCCAAAGUGUACGCCAACAGGGAGCUGCUCUCUGUCUCAGUGACUGGCACACUGGAUGCUGCCGCACGCCUCCUCAGCCUGGAGGGAGAUGUCACCUCGUCCUUCGAGGAGCUGGAGAUGAAGGUGAAGGUGGACAGUAGGACAGAUGGCAACACACAGAACACACAGGUGAUUGUGGCCCAUGCUGCCAACCAAGCCACCCUCACCCAUUCAUUCACUGCCAUCGACGCCCUCAACUGGGAGAGCGUGCUCACCCUCAAUGAACAUUACACGCUGCGGAACAAGAUGGCACGCAUGGGGGAGGAGUACCAGCACGAGACUGAUCUCACUUGGUCUGACCAGCGCCUGGCUCUCCAUGGAAGCCUUACACCUGUGCUCACCGCCUCCUCGCGCAAGUUGGACGCCCACCUUGCUCUGGCCACGCCCUGGGAGUGCCUCAGUGACGUUAAGAUCGACCUACAUUCCGAGCAGCAGACCGCAGGAGAGACCAAAAUCUCCGCCGAAGUGGAGUACAAGCCGGGCAGUAAAAUCCUCCUGUCCACCAGGAACAAUUACAACCACGAGGGACAGUUGUUCUCCGCGGCAACCCUCACCACUCCUUUCUGGCAGCCGUUGGGCUACAACCUCAAUCUCACUCUGCGCCCUGAGAAGACCGCUGUCCUGGUGCUUACCCGAGGCCAAGUCGAGACCACCGUGCGUCUGGCAGGUGACUAUCAGCAAGAUCGUGCCAACAUCUCCCUCGGCCUCACCACGCCCUCCCUCCAAGUUCCACUGGAAAUUGAGGCGUCCUAUGCCAUCAGCAGACCGGCAGUGAGUGUGGCUCUAGCCGCUACUUACUACCAUAAGUACGAGGCAAAGGUGACCCUUUCUGGCAGUGCAACCAAUGCCAUGUGCGAGCUUGACCUGUGGGAGUCGAUCCCAGACGGCACCUCCUGGACCAACGUUCACCACUUUGAAGGACGCUGGCAGCACCAGCUCCAGGCGAUGCCCUUCAGUGUGAACGGCAAGAUGACAAUUGACUCUACCACCUACCAGGUUGCUGCCACGCUGGACCAGACGGCUUUCACUAGCAGCAUAGUGCUGAACGGCAGGGAGGGAAGCCUGGCAGCCACGUGGCUCCUGCAGCCUACCAACACCAACCUCAGCCUCACCUUCCAGUCCCCAGUGCAACUCAUCCAGGACUUCAAUAUGCUCGUGGCCUAUGACGUGGCCGCCCUGCAGGGCCAAGCCAGGGUGAAGUAUGGUAGCCAGGAGGUGGACUUGCGUGCCAAGAUGGAGGACCAGACAUUCGUGUUCCAGGGCAAGACACCCUUCGCUGGCUGGGAGGUGCUCGGCGCGUCCUUCUUUGCUUCUGGCACCGCGAUCAAUGCCCAUGUGCUACGCAAUGAACGUAAGAUUGAGGUGACAGGCACACAGCAUCUGCGUCCCUCUAAGGGCAAGGUGGAGCUGGUGGUGACCACGCCCUACCAGGGAUACGAAACCAUCGCCUUCGACGCUUCUUACAACUUCCUUGGCGAAAACAAGACCAUCAAAUUCAAGGCGGUGUAUGGCACGGCCGAGAUCUUUGCCAAGGGUGUCGUCAAGAUGGCCGAUCCACUUGCUCCCAAGGUAACCCUCAAUAUCACUACGCCCUUCGCUGAGCUGCGUACACUGCGUGCCUCUGCCAACUGGAUCUUGGGUGGUGCCACCAAGACUGCUGCUGCUAAGGUGGUGUACAAUGAGCAGGAGUUCAGCUGGAACCUAGAAGCUUCCAUGGAAGGAAACACGCAGCAGCUUACCUCCAGGGUGACCUCUCCCUUCUCUGGGUGGACCCAGGCCGCCUUGCAGGCUUCCAUCUCAGUAGCUGAGUCACCCUACCAGGUGCGUGUGAGCGUGCACAAAGAGGGAGUAAGCCAGGAUUUCAGUGGCAAGCUUAUGCUAAAUGGUAACACCAUUCAGGGUGAGGUGAAGACGCCCAUCCCUGGCUGGGAGGUGGUGGCGCUGGACGGCACCUACGCUACCCGCCGUGACUCCUUCUCUGCUGCCAUCCGUGCCAAGCGUGACAACGACAACUUUGAAGUGAACACCAACGUCUCCUUUAGCACCCUCAACCCCAAGCUGAAGGUGGCAGUGACUACACCUUUCGCCCAGGCCACCAGUCUCCAGCUGGAGGUGGAGUCAAGCCUCUCAGGACCCCAGAAGACCUUCAAGACAACUUUCUCUAGGAAUGACGUAGUUUACUCUGCCGACAUGACUUUCAGGGCAGAGAACAAGACUGGCUUCCUCACUGUCAGCCUCAGGUCUCCCUUGCCUGGCCUGACCAGCCUAGAAGUGGAGGGUACAUACGACCUGCGAGGUGACAUCAAAAAGUCAGAGGUCAAUGUGACAAAGGAGGGCGAGAGGCAGCACUUCGCGGUGGCCGCCACGCUAAACGACAACCACGUGAUAUUGGACGUGGCCACGCCUUUCCAAGGCUUCCAGGUCAUGAAGAUGGAUGCUGAUUACACCAGCAGGGCCGCUGGCCAUCACCUCCUUGUCGCUAACUUCGUGAAGGAUCGCCAAACUUACAACUUCCAAGGAAGCGUAGAGCUGCAGGGCACUGGUAUUGAAAUGAGGCUGACCACGCCUAUCACGCCCAUCAGCCACGUGGUGCUUAACGCUGAUUAUACCCUUCUCCGUGGCACAGCUCAGGCCUCUAUCCACUUUGAAAGAAAUAAUGACGUGUUUGAGCUCCGCACCCAAUAUCACCUCCAACCUUCAGCCAGCAGCUUCUCCUUGGCUGCAGUGACACCAGUGCCCGGAUGGACAAACCUGGGGCUCGACCUCAAGUACAACACAGAGCCCAACAAGCUGGCUGCCAAGGCACUCGUACAGCAUGACAACUUCCAGAAGCAGGUGAGCAUAGAGGCAACGUACGACACUGAGCGAGGCAGCGUGACAGUGCACACCCCAUUAGCAGGGUGGGAGACGCUGGGCGCUGAGUACGCACUGACUGUGACAAGCAGCAGCGAGGCCACGGCACUCGUCAAGGUUAUCCACAACACCCGAGAGUUUGCCUUCUCUGCCUACGGCCGCUAUACACAAGAGAGCAUCACCCUCAAGUUCCAGACUCCCUUCCAGGGAUAUGAAGAAUCUGUCCUUGAUGCCAACAUUAACGUGGCCACCAAGAAUGUGAGGGGCAUGCUGCAGGUGGGCCCCUAUGCGUUCUCCACCAAUGCUUCCUACGUCAUUGGAGAUAUGCUCCUGGAGGUGACCACGCCUUUCCCUACCCUUCGCUUCGGCUCCAUAGCCAUCAAGCACGCUACUGGCCCGGACAGUUUGCAGGCUUCUGUCACUGUGGUUCAUAAUAAUGACAACUACUUCCUGGUGGGUGAAGCCAACGUGACCCCUCGUGGCUUCCUUACAGCAAUACAGACCAAGACGCCCAUUGCCACACUGCCCAAUGCGACACUCAAGAUCCAGACAAACCUCGACAACAAAGCCGAACUAGUCACUGCUCAGCUGACUGCCGGCAAGCAUUCCUACAGUCUCCUAUUGGCAGGAGACCUACAGGAGAGUUUGGCUGCUCUCAGGGUGGAGAUGACCACACCCUUCACAGGCUGGACCCAAAUCAAAUUCAAAACUAAAGUGGACUUGACGCAGGAUGACAAGACCAUUGAAGUGGUGGUGGAGAAAGAAGGAGAAGUAAAGGCAAUCAGCGUGCAUGGCAAGCUGAUUGGCUCUGACCUCAGCUUUGACCUAAGGACGCCUUUCACGGGACUCAACCGUCUCAACAUGUCUGGCAGCGUCAACCGCGCCAAGAGAUCCAUUGCCUUCCAGAUGAUGAACGAUCAAGCACAAGGUUCCAUCUUGGCCAGCUUCAACAGUGUCAAGUUUGAACUUAAGACACCCUUUGCCAGGAUGGAGGAAGUCUCCUUUGAGAUCAAGAGGGAGGGCGACAAUUACGAGGGCAUGUGGAAGAGGAAUGACAACUAUUUGAAGCUAGAGAUGGUGAGGGACCCAUCAACACGCAAAGUUAACCUUGAGAUCAAGAGCGAGCUGCAGGGAUGGGAAUUCCUGGCGCUGGCAGGCCGCCUCGAUCAAGGGACAGUGGAAGCAUACGCUAGUGGCCAAAUUAACGAAAGAAAAGUAGAACUUACGAUCAGAGGCGAGCGUGAUGAAAGGAUGAAACAAUACGAGCUCGACCUCAAGACGCCUUACAGUGACUACCAGCAUGUGACUGGCCAGCUCCGAUUCAGCCAGAGGAAAAGGAUGCUCAAGAUAGAGUCCAACUCAUCCAAUUUCAAGGUGGAAAUGAAGACCAGCCGCCGCUCAGGAACGUUCGAAUUACAGAUGUUUGUGCCCAACCAAGCACAGAACACCGAACUUAAAAUCCUCCUGAACCGUGAAGGAGGAAACAUCGACUUUACCUCCCGCUUUGAAUUCCUGAAGUCUCUGCACUACAACUAUGCAAUCACCUUGGCGAGGGAGAUCGAGAUGACACAGCGCUUGGAGGUCAAUGGCUUGGAGAUAUUCACUAUGGAGUUCCGUGGCAAUCCAGAAACCGACUUUUUGCACCUCGACAUCCACGGCCGCCUUGAGGGACGUCACACCAACUUCCACAUUCACCGUGAGGGCUUCCAAACCUUCAACAUCAUCCUCAAAAGGGAGGUGACAGAAAGAGGCAGCACCACCACCAAACAGCUUUCCAUGGAAAUGACAGGCGAGGGAAAUCUGCCCGAGAAGGGCAUGAUCCAUGUCACUCUUACCAACAGCUUUGCGACCGUGCCUCGUACCACAACUGUGCAUAUCGAGCUCGACCGCACAAUCUCCCCAAAGCAUGUCAAAAUGGAGGUGACUCUGCCUGGCUCUAAGCAGUACAUCCUGGACGUGAACUACAAUAUAGACCUACGCAACCCUAGCGUCGGAGACUUCAAAGUGAGCAUCUCGACACCUGACAGGAAAGCUGCUCUCUGGAAGAACUUCACAGGCAAGUGGGACAUCCAAAACCCACAGCAGACAAUGUUUGAGCUUGACCUGUCUGGCAGAAAGUACAAAGGGGAGGGCCUCUUUAGCCCCAUAAUGUCUGACCUAGUGUUCACUGCUGAUGGAGUGGAGGAGAGGUUCUUCCUACAAUGGAGAUUCCUGCGCUCUGGCAACCAGAGGGACUACUAUGUGAAGGUGGGACCUGAGUCCUCCUACAGGAUGGCCAAGUUGAAGGGGGUUAUCCAAGGCAUCCAAAAAGGUAGAAUAGAAGGAGGAUUUAAGCUUUCAUUCCAACCUGAUGAGUUCCACUUCACCACCUCUUGGAACCUCAGAAGAGAUGGAACAUUCUCCAGCCAGGGUGACUUCACUUACGGCGAAGCCAAGGGCAACCACAAUUUCACGUUCCAGCGUGAUGCUGCCAGCAAAUCAGCCAGCUUUUCCUUCACCGCCAAUUCCAGCCACCCCAGCUACCAGCAGAUAGAGUUGACUGGCAACUACGACGUACUCAACAAGUUUGUGUUCAACACCCAGGUCACCAUCAAUGGUAGAGAAAACCGCGCCCAUAAAAUCAAUAUUGACAUCUCUGACCUCAACCCACGGCGCUCCCGCAACACUGUCAACGUGGCCCUGCGCUUCCUGCCCCCAGCUUUCCAGAGAUUCCAGAUGACACUCACCCACGACUUCCGCAAUAACAACAGCAAGUACAUCAAGGCCGAGGCAGUGAUUGGCCAGCAUGAGUCUCAUUUCAACGCUGAGUGGAAUCGCAACGAUGACUUUAGCGUCCUGGAAGGCAACCUGGACAUUAAUUCCAUGUUCAUCGGCGAGGUCGCCAUCGGUAUGAAGUACAACGUGGAAAACAUCAAUGAUGCCCAAGCAGAAAUCCACUACAAGAGAUCUAUUGAGGGUGAGCCCGAGAAGAGAGUGAAUGCUAAGUGGACACGCAAGAGGACACCCAAUCAUCUAGAAACCGAGCUGGUCCUAGACUCCACCUUUGAGUUUUUGCAGAAUGCACGUGCCUAUGCCACAGCAGAUUUCUCUCAGCUGUUCAACCUCAAUGCAGGUCUGGACUUCAAUGAUCAGCACAUCACCAUUGUCCUCAAUGUGAGCCAAGAAUCAGUUGACCUGAACAUCACCACGCCAUUUGAAGGCUUUGAGAACAUCAAAGGAACGAUCAACUACAAUCUGGGUGGCAAGACACAGAGGGUGGCACUCUCUUACGAGCGAGGCUCACAAAGGGCAAACAUGGAACUCAUCGUGAAUAGGAAGAAAAGGAGAAGUGGAAGCCUGUCGCUUACCCUCACAACACCAUUCGAGGUGUUGCGCAAUUUGAAGAUCAGUGCUAACUGGGGCAGGCGCCAGGCCACUGUGGACUACGUGAGGAAUGAUGUCCAUGUCACCAUGACUGGCACAGCACAGCUCGAGGCCGACAAGUCUCAGUUCAACCUGUCAUUCACUGCACCCAGCGGCAAAGCCGUCACCAUCGCUGCUGCCUAUGAUGUGGAGGCUUUCAUUGCCGGCACAGGCUCUAGCCCCAUCAAGCUAGCUGGCCUCACUGUUGACAUUGGGGAUACAAAGGUCAUGUUCGAGCUGAAGGGUUUCCGCAGUGAUGAGCGACUCUAUGUGGAGAUUAACGGCGAGACGUCCUUCAUGAGGCUACGCCACCUGCACCUCAAACUGGAUUCGGAGCUCAACACGCAGCAACGUGAAGGAACCUUUGAGUUCAGGCUCAAUGACUUUGUCUUCGAGGUGCACAAUGAGUUUGUGAGGUACGAUGACGGUUAUUAUAUAAAGAGCAGGUUGGAGUCUUCGCUGACGCCACUGCCGGCACUUGUGUUUGGCCUGGGCCGCCGUGGAGAUGAGCGCAUCUUUACACUCGGCUAUGGGGAAGAGAAGGAGGUCACCUUCUCCAUCAAGGCCAAGAAUAAUUUCCGCAGCGGUUUCAGUGGUUCAGUGGAUAUCCCCAACUUUGGGUAUGAUGGUGUGCAGUAUGAUGUGAACUACAGAUUCCCAAGCAACAACGAGCUGGAAGUGAAGCUUGAUGUUCAGCUUGGUCCUAAUGAUCACCUCGAGGCAGAAUUUGAAUACAACUCUGAUGGCGUGCAGGCCCGCCUCAUGUCCCCCUUCACUGGACAACACAGCGCUCGUGUCCGCCGCUCCAUCUCUACUGAUAGCUUCUUCACUGAAGUUGGCUUCGAUGAUUACAAUCUGAGGCUACGUGGAGGCUUCAAGGAUGGUGACAUCAAGCGUGGCAUCGUGCUGGAGGCAGACAUCCUUGGCCAUCUCUUCCUCUUUAACUACCAGCUACAGUCUGAGGGCCCACGGUACACAGAGGGUAAGCUAGUGCUGCAAACUCCCUUCCGUGGCUGGGAGAAGAUGGGUGGUCUGUUCACUUUCUCUAACAUCAAUAAGCAGUUGGUAAUUCGUGCCGAGGCCUAUAUACCCUUCUUCCUUAACAUCCCAAGGAUCACAGCAGGUGUCGAUCUUGACCGCAAUGAUGACAAAGUUGUGGGCCAGGCAACGCUGGACAUAGCAGGAGAACAGUUCCUUCUAAGGAGCAACCUUGUGGGCUCCUCUCUAUCCCAGGGCUUCCAGGGCUCAAUCACACUGCAGACACCUUUCCACGUUCUCACCAACCUUGAAAUAGCUGGCAAGUUCAAGAUGACCUCCAUCAAGAACCUGGAGGCUGAUCUCAAAUUCAUCAACAUGUAUGGCACAUACGAGGUUGAUCUUUCCUAUGAGGUGACUCAGAGCCAAGUGAAGGCCAAUGCCACCAUCCUGCCGGGUCACCUCAUCGGCAACAAGAUCACUCUGCAGCUCGAAUCUCUCUCCUCGACCCAGAAAAAGCUGGAGGUCCGAGUUGAUGAGGAUUACAUCACUGCUGAGUACAUGCUGGCAACCCCCACUUUCACCAUGAAUAUGGACACUCGUCUUUCUGGAGUGCAACGCCAGCUUUCUGUCAAUGCCAAGUACUCAACAUUGGAGGACUUGGAGGGUGCAGUGGUCGCCGUACUGGGUGAGCAGCGCCACAAGGUGCAGGGAGCCCUCAGCAUCGCUAACAAUCGUGUACAUGGAGUAGUCCUGCUGGAAUCUUCCUUCAUCAGUGGGGUGCGCAAGCUGGAGUUCAACGCCUCCAUGCCCAAUAUGUCCUUCAAUCAGGUGACCUUCAGCAUGAGUCUUAUAGCCACACAGACCUAUGCCUUCUCCAUGGAGCUGGACACACGUGCUGGACUGACAGCCACCACUCAGAUUGACAUACCCGCUCUGCCAUCCACUUCCAUCAACCUGCAGCUGUCAUGGCCUCGUGCUGCUCUCAUGAUAACCACACCCACAGCCAAGCACACUGCUGCAGUUUCCUGGAGACAGACUCGCAAGAUGCCCGCUGAUCAGAUCGUGAACAUGGAGCUGGACACACCCCUGCUGGGUCAGAGGUAUGCCCUGCGCACGGUGAUGGGCGGAGGACGCUCCAAGGCUGUGAUUAAGGCCGAGCUGGAGGUAGGUAGCGUGACACACUACCUGGAGGCAAACACCUACAUGGGACCCACCAGUGGUGGCUUCUCCCUAAGCAUUCAGACACCCUUCAUGAACAUCCAGAAGGCCGAACUACGAGGUUCCCUGGACAUGUCAGACACAGUGGAACUCCAGGCCGUAGCCAGCAUGGCAGAAGUCACUAACACCUUCAUCUUCAUCUAUAAUGCUAACAAGGGCACACUGUUGGCCGAGGCUACAUCGCCCUACAUCCCCACCGGGCUAGUAAAGGCCACAGCUGAGGUGAGCAGUGUCUUGCCCAACCUUGGCUUCCAGGUGACUCUCAUGAAUGCCCAGGAUGUCAUCUCUGGUCGCCUGGACAUCAAGGCUCCCUCUACAGAUGACAUCUCCAUCCGUGCCACAGUCACCACCCCACUGGAGUCCUUCAAGACCAUGAACGGCCUCAUCAAGUACCAGAAGUCCGACAUGACCCACCUUAUCAUUUCACUGGACCAUCCUAUCACCUUCAGGGCCGCUGCCAAGUUUGCCAACACCAGCAACAAGUUCACUGGCAAUCUCACUGUCAAGACUUCCAUCACAAACUUUGAGUACUUGGAGGCAGACCUGGAGGUUCCCCUCACUGAGUUCUCGCCCCGUGCCACUCUGACUCUGCCCAAUGCCAAGUACGGCAUUGGCGCCAACUACUCCACUGAGGGCUACCACACCGAGGCUGCAGCAACCAUCUACAUGGAUGACCAGACCUAUGGUGGCACCCUGGGCUUCAGGAGUAAGGCACCCUAUGAACUGGCUUACAAGUACCACAUCCUUAACACCAACAGUGCCUUCCAUCUACGAACAGACUCUUCCUUCCUUACCCUUCUUAUGUAGAGACGCCAGCAUGCUGCAGUGAAUGUUACUCAGCUCACACACCCUAACAGCCCUUGACAACUCAUCUCUAGUCAAAGGUCCUACAACAAGAAGAGAUUAAUGUGAAUACUGUCUACUUCCUUUCGUCCCUCCCCACCGACUCCGACAGCUUCAGUAUGCUAAUUUUAAUUCUUCCUAAACCAAUGUAUAUAGACCUAAAACCUGUAGCCCACUAUACCACUAGUAGAUAAUAUUAAUAAACUUACAAAAUAAAUGUUGAA